CAACCUCGGAUUCGGCGCCCUGCCGCCCCGGCGGACCCUGCUCGGCCGGAGCCGGACGUGCCUCGUGUGGUUGUAUAAACCCGCACUCUGAUGGUACGUGUGGCGACCAUAGCGACAGUAGCAUCGUCCUUCUGGAAAUAAGAGAUGUUUGUUCCUAAAACAGAUAACCAAUCUGACCUUGAGGGGCCACAUAGAAAUUCUGGGCCAUGGCUGUGCUCCAUUUGCUCUCAGCAAAAUGAUACGAGUUGUAUAUCUUGUGAGGUAUGCGGCGUUCUUCGGGAUUUGUCGCUGUAUUUCAGUAACGCCAAUGAAGCUGAAAGUGGAGCCAAACGCAGAAACAAGCAUUCUGGUGUAUCUGUACUGGCAAGAUCUCUUUUCACACCAUCCGGUCCAAAAUUGAAAGCUGUUGUUUUUCCGGAUGGAUUUCAAGGCAACAAAAACGCAGCAGGGCACAUGCAGGCUUCCUUGGGUACUCUGCACAAGACAUACAUGGCACGUAAGCAGCGCCGUGACAUAGUGCCUUUCAAGUUUGAUGUACCAUCUCCUGAUGACAUGGUCUCUGCAGGCUUAAAAUCGUCCAGACAUUUGAGAAAAGCUGCUCCAUCUGUAGAUUUCACCGGGAAGGAGGUGAUGGGUGAUGAUGAUCAUGUAGCUGUGAAGGAUACAAGUACAGACCCAAGUUCAUCAGUUAAGUUGGGUGGAAUUGGUGGAACUAGUAGCGGAUUUGCCACUGAUUACUGCAUCAUGGGAAAGAAGGUGAUGGAUGAUAAUGAUAUUUUAGUUGAGAAGGACACAAGUACAGACCCAAGUUCUUCAGUGAAGUUGGAUGAGACUCUUAUUUUGGACAAUGAGCUACAACAUUUGAGUAUAGAAAAGAAGCCAAAAAACAGUAAAGCAAAGAUUAAGAAGCCAGUACCUGUUUUGCAGUACAAGCCAGAACCGUGGAUGCUACAGGGCAAAGAUCUAGAAAUGCCUAGACAACUAAAUCUUGCUAUUGUUGGUCAUGUUGAUUCUGGCAAAUCAACAUUAUGUGGUCGUUUACUGCAUGCCCUGGGGAGAAUUUCAAAAAAGCAAAUGCAUAAGAAUGAGAAAGAAGCGAAAGAAAAGGGAAAAGGGUCAUUUGCAUAUGCUUGGGCUAUGGAUGAGAGUGCUGACGAAAGGGCACGUGGCAUUACAAUGAAUGUUGGCGUAGCAUACUUUGACACCAAAAAUUACCAAGUUGUUAUGCUCGACUCCCCUGGUCACAAAGAUUUCGUUCCUAACAUGAUAUCUGGAGUGACGCAAGCUGAUGCAGCUGUCCUAGUUGUUGAUGCCUCUCUAGGAUCAUUCGAGUCGGGUAUGGGCGUUAAUGGGGUUGGACAGACAAAGGAGCACUCACAGCUUAUUCGAAGCUUUGGUGUUGAGAACUUGAUAGUUGCUGUUAAUAAGAUGGAUUCAGUGGAAUAUUCGGUGGAGCGCUUCAAUUAUGUGAAAUCACAACUUGGCAUUUUUCUCCGAUCAUGUGGCUAUAAAGAGUCGGCGAUAACCUGGGUUCCUUUGAGUGCAAUGGAAAAUGAAAAUCUGGUGACAGCAGCUUCAGAUACUCGUCUCUCAUCAUGGUUUCAUGGGACUUGCCUUCUGGAAGCAAUUGACUCGUCAGCAGCACCUCAUCGUGAUGUUUCGAAGCCGCUACGGCUUCCAAUUUGUGAUGUCAUUUCAUCCCAUGUGCUGGGGCAAGUGGCGGUUUGUGGUAAAGUAGUGUGUGGAGCAAUCCGAAGUGAUUCCAAGGUUCUUGUGAUGCCUUCUGGAGAGCUAGCUACGGUGAAAAUCAUCGAGCGGGACUCCUCUCGUCUCAGCUCGGCAAGAGCCGGCGACAACGUUGCGAUUGGGCUGCAAGGGAUCGACCCCAUCCAUGUGAUGUCUGGUGGAGUUCUCUGUCAUCCAGAUUAUCCCGUGUCAGUGGCGUCUUCCCUGGAACUCAAAAUCCUGGUACUAGACAUCAUCGUGCCUAUACUGCCUGGCCUUCAGUUUGAGCUCCACGCACACCAUGCGAAGGUGUCGGCGUCCCUGGUGAGGAUCGUGUCGCUGCUGGACCAGAAGACCGGCAAGGCCUCGGCGAAGAAGCCGCGGAUGCUGACCGCGAGACAGGCCGCCAUCAUCGAGGUACAUUAUGUUUCUUAUGAGCUCUUACAGCAGAUGAGAUUGAAUAUGUGCCUAGUGGUGAUCGUCCCUGGUGUCUGUUUUGUUCAGGUGAAGCUGGAGAGGGAGGUGUGCGUGGAGGAGUUUGGAACACUCAAGGCCCUGGGCCGGGCGUUCCUGCGGUGGCAGGGGAGCACCGUCGCCGUGGGCGUCGUGACCCGCGUCGUGCAGGCACCGGAGGAGCGAGCAGAGCAGGCUUCUUAGGGCGCGUUGGUUAGGUCCAUCCUGUAGGAGCAGAGUUGUACAUACAGACAUAUACAUACUCGUCGUCAGGGGUGCGUGGCGUGAACCUGAAUGUUUUUGGCGGAGCAGACCAGUUUACUUGGUUG